UUCUGACAACUCUACUGUUUAUAUGGUCUUCUAAAAAAUUAGUUAAUAGCUUUAGUUUACACUAUUGCAAACCACUUGCUCGAUUCUAUCCAAUAAGCAUACAUUACCAUAUACCACAUGGUGUGUUAAAUUAAAAACGAAACAGACACCAAUUUGGGCACUAAGAUGGAGGUCAAGGAAGUGGUAGUGAUUGUAAAAUGGAGUGGUAAGGAGUACCCGGUGGAUCUCACCGACCAGGACACCGUGGAAGUGCUGCGUCACGAGAUAUUCCGCAAGACACAGGUGCGUCCGGAACGUCAGAAGCUGCUCAACCUGAAGUACAAAGGAAAGACAGCAGCCGACAAUGUGAAGAUUAGCGCUUUGGAGCUGAAGCCCAACUUUAAGCUCAUGAUGGUGGGCUCCACAGAGGCGGACAUCGAGGAUGCGUGCAGCCUGCCCGAUAAUAUCGGCGAAGUGGUCGACGACUUCGAUGACGCCGAUGAACGCGAGGAGUCCGUGGAGCACUCCGCCGUCUAUUUGGCCAAGGUGCAGCGUCGCGUGCGAGACUACAAGAUCAAGGAGUUAGCGCCGCCGCGUGAGGGCAAGAAGCUGCUUGUCCUGGACAUAGACUAUACCCUAUUCGAUCACCGCUCGCCUGCUGAAACGGGCACGGAGCUAAUGCGUCCGUAUCUGCACGAGUUUCUGGCCUCCGCCUACGAGGACUACGACAUUGUCAUCUGGUCCGCAACCAGCAUGCGCUGGAUCGAGGAGAAGAUGCGCCUGCUGGGCGUGGCCAGUAACGAUAACUACAAGGUGAUGUUCUAUCUGGACUCCACCGCCAUGAUAUCAGUUCAUGUGCCUGAGCGCGGCGUGGUGGACGUGAAACCGCUUGGCGUAAUCUGGGCCCUGUACAAGCAAUACAACUCGAGCAACACUAUCAUGUUUGAUGACAUCCGUCGCAACUUCCUUAUGAACCCCAAGUCCGGCCUAAAGAUCCGCCCAUUCCGUCAGGCCCAUCUCAACCGGGGCACGGACACUGAGCUCCUCAAGCUAUCCGACUACUUGCGCAAAAUAGCGCACCACUGCCCGGAUUUCAAUUCACUGAACCAUCGCAAAUGGGAGCACUACCAUCCCAAGAAGAACUCCUGAACUCAUCCUCGAUUGCAAACGUUUGUUAGAUUUAUGUUAGAUUUAUGUUUAUUAAACUAAGAUGCAUUUUAUA